GUUUCUUUCAAACACAAACACUACACUUCGAACUUCAAACCCUAACCCUCUGAUCUGAUCUAAUCCGAUCUGAAUCGCCAACAGAAGAAAAAAAAAAUGAAGGGUGGGACGGUUCAGAUCAGCUGGCACGAAAGUAAGCCCAUCUUAUCCCUUGAUUUCCACCCUUCCUCCUCCACUCUCGCUACCGCCGGCGCCGAUUUCGACAUCAAGUUAUGGUCGAUUAAGCCAUCCGAAUCACAGAAGCUUCCCACAGUUACCUAUCUCAACAGCUUGUCUUCUUAUCAUUCUUCCUCUGUCAAUGUUAUUCGCUUCUCUUCUUCCGGGGAGCUACUAGCCUCUGGUGCUGAUGGAGGUGACCUGUUAAUAUGGAAGUUACAUUCUACUGAUGCUGGCCAGACAUGGAAGGUUCUUAAGACUUUACGAUCUCAUCACAAGGAUAUCCUUGACCUGCAGUGGUCUCCUGAUGCCAGUUAUAUCAUAUCUGGAUCAGUUGAUAAUUGUUGCAUUAUAUGGGAUGUAAACAAAGGCACUAACCUUCAAACGUUGGAUGCCCAUGCACAUUAUGUUCAGGGAGUUGCAUGGGACCCUCUAGGGAAGUAUGUUGCCUCUCUUAGUUCUGACAGGACAUGCCGAAUUUACAUCAAUAAGCCUCAUAAAUCAAAGGGAAUUGAGAAAAUCAAUUACAUUUGUCAGCAAGUUAUUUCCAAGGCAGAACAGCCAUUAUUCAAUAAUUCUAAGUCUACAAAGUAUCAUCUCUUCCAUGAUGAGACGUUGCCAUCUUUCUUCAGAAGAUUAUCCUGGUCUCCUGAUGGUUCAUUUCUACUUGUGCCUGCAGGUUCUUACAAAAUUGGCACUGGGUCUGAUGCUGUAUAUGCGACUUACAUAUUUUCUAGAAACGAUCUUUCUCGGCCUGCUAUACAGCUUCCUUCUGCAAGCAAGGCUGUUGUUGCUGUACGGUUCUGCCCCAUAUACUUUAACCUUCGGGGAACAAACUCAGAUGGCUUAUUUAAGCUCCCAUAUCGCAUCAUAUUUGCCGUUGCCACUUUGAAUUCACUGUUCAUUUAUGACACUGAGAGCACUCUUCCAAUAGCUGUAUUAGCUGGUCUUCACUAUUCCUCAAUAACGGACAUCAGCUGGUCACCUGAUGCCCGUUAUUUGGCUUUAUCUUCACAAGAUGGUUUCUGCUCUUUGGUGGAAUUUGAAAAUGACGAACUUGGAACACCUUUCUCUUUAUCAGAUGGAAAGGUGUCAGACAAGGAUAUUAAAAGUCUGCUGCAGACAGCCAAUGACACCAUUGUACCAAUUAGGAAUGUUGGUCCAGUUGUAGAUGAAAAUUCAAAAAAGCAAGCAGAAGGUGCUGAUUGUAUGAUCAUUGAAUCAGUUAAUACUGGUACAGAUUUAUUAGAAAGCAGGGAAACUUCUGCACAAAGAAAGGCUGAUGACAGUGACAUGAUCAAGUCAACUGGGAGUGCUCAAUCUGCUAUGACUGACAGUGAGACAAAUGAAGCUGAAGAGAAAGCUGAUAAGAUGGCUGCUGAGGCAACUGUGAAUGUUAAAGAGGUUGUAUCAGAUUGUAGGAAAAAGAAAGCAGAAGAGGUUGAUGAUGUGGCCACUCAGCCAACUGGGAGUGUUGAAGAAGCUGCUUUAGGUAGUAGAAAAAUUGAAGCUGAAGACAAGGCAGAGAAACAAGUAUUGAGUUCAGGCAGCGUAAAAUGUGGAGCAGAAGAGAAGGAAGAGAAGCCACAAUCAAGUUUAGAUGGUACAAAAUCAGGACCAAAUGAAGAAACAGCAGGGAAACAAAUUUCCAGUUCAAAGAGUACACCCAUUCCUAACAAGCCAGCCAGGAAGCGUAUUACGCCCAUUGCAAUUGAUCCAUGAUUUCUCAAUUCCUGAUAAAUUCCGUCCAUACCCGCAUGUGUACAUCUAUUUUGUGCGGUCUAUGAUUCUAACUCUACUGGGUUACUGUAGUUUUCUACAUGUUAUGUAAUCUAUCCAAUAUAUUCUUUUUAGUUUA